AAGUGUUAAGUUUCAGGCUCAGUGUUUUAUUGUUCACUGAGAAUGAAGACACCAACUGGAUUCAACUGCUACUGCAGUGAAUGUGUUUUCACGAUGUAGAUGUAACCUUGCACUGCUUCUUUAGUACUGACUCUUCUGGAAGGUAAUUGAGAAUGGGCCCUCAAUGAUGCUAAGUCUACAAUGGGAAGUGUCACACUUCGCUAUUUCUGCUAUGGGUGCCUUUUCACAUCUGUGACCUGGACGCUUCUGCUCUUUGUUUAUUUCAACUUCAGUGAAGAGAAUCAGUCCUUCAGGAAUGUGCCCGUCAAGGGGCUGGAACCUCAGAGGCCGUUUCCAAAAAAAUUCUACCCACGUUUUACACGGGGCCCUGUUCAUAUACCUGAAUUGCAACAGAAAGAGAAUAAGAUAGGAAAUCCUCUUGGAAAUCAUAUCCAGGAACCAGUUAAGGGGGAGGUAGAAUUCUCUCCUGAAAUGGGAAUGAUUUUUAAUGAAGAUGAUCAGGAAGUGAGAGACUUGGGCUAUCAGAAGCAUGCUUUCAAUAUGCUUAUCAGUAAUCGGCUGGGAUACCACAGGGAGGUGCCUGAUACAAGAGAUAAAAAAUGUAGAGCGAAAUCCUACCCUUCUGAUCUGCCAUCUGCUAGUGUUGUGAUAUGUUUCUACAAUGAAGCGCUUUCUGCCCUGCUUCGCACAGUACAUAGUGUGUUGGAUCGCAGUCCUGCGCACCUUCUUCAUGAAAUUAUUUUGGUGGAUGACAACAGUGAAUUAGCUGACUUGAAGAAAGACUUGGAUGAAUAUGUUAAAACUCAACUUCCAAAAACCACAAAAUUGGUAAGAAAUGAGAAGCGGGAAGGCCUGAUUCGAGGAAGGAUGAUUGGAGCAUCUCAUGCCACAGGGAAAGUGCUGGUAUUCCUGGACAGUCACUGUGAGGUGAACGAGAUGUGGUUACAACCUCUGCUGACGCCCAUCAGAGAAGAUCGCAGGACGGUGGUGUGCCCUGUGAUUGACAUCAUCAGUGCUGACACGCUUACCUACAGCUCAUCCCCAGUUGUGCGUGGAGGCUUUAACUGGGGCCUGCACUUUAAGUGGGAUCUUGUUCCUUUGUCAGAACUGGAAGGACCUGAGGGAGCCACUGCUCCAAUCAAGUCACCUACUAUGGCUGGAGGCCUGUUUGCCAUGGAUCGUGAGUACUUUAAUGAACUUGGACAGUACGAUAGUGGCAUGGACAUCUGGGGAGGAGAAAAUCUGGAAAUAUCUUUUCGGAUCUGGAUGUGUGGUGGUAGACUUCUGAUCAUCCCCUGCUCCAGGGUGGGGCACAUUUUCCGCAAAAGACGUCCCUAUGGGUCACCAGGGGGACAGGACACUAUGGCUCACAACUCGCUGAGGCUGGCACAUGUGUGGAUGGAUGAGUAUAAGGAGCAAUAUUUUGCUUUGAGGCCUGAGCUACGGAUGAGGAACUAUGGAAACAUUACCGACCGUGUAGAAUUGAGAAAAAGACUGAACUGCAAGUCAUUUAAGUGGUAUUUAGAUAAUAUCUAUCCUGAGAUGCAAAUAUCUGGGCCCAACGCCAAAGCUCCGCAGCCAGUUUUUAUUAAUAGAGCACAGAAACGACCGAAAAUAAUCCAGCGUGGAAGGUUGUAUCACCUUCAAACCAACAAAUGCCUGGUUGCCCAGGGCCAUCCAAGUCAGAAAGGAGGUCUGGUAGUGGUUCGGGAAUGUGACUACAAUGAUCAAAACCAGGUCUGGGUUUAUAAUGAAGAUCACGAGCUGAUUUUAAAUAAUCUCCUUUGCUUGGAUGUUUCUGAAACUCGCUCAUCCGAUCCACCUCGUCUCAUGAAAUGCCAUGGAUCCGGCGGCUCACAGCAGUGGAUGUUUGGGAAAAACAAUCGCCUCUAUCAGGUCUCUGUGGGGCAGUGUAUGAAGGUGGUGGAUCCGCUCAGCCACAAAGGGUACGUGACUAUGGCCAUCUGCGAUGGGUCCCUUCCACAGCAGUGGCAUUUUGAGAGCUGAGACAGUGAGGAUGCAGCUGAGAAGCAUUAAGCCAAGACCUGAUUCCCCUUCAGCCAUGGUUUUAAGUCCUGGAGGACUUUGUGAGAAGCCCUAAACUGCUACAUCUGGCCCAGCUGUCACAAGGACCUUUCAGAAACAUUCUGCUGUGAAGAGCUGUGUGCACGAAAAGGUCCAGGUAGUCGUCAAUCCCUGGUCAGAUGCAGGAGUAGCAGCAGCAACCCCAGUGCAGAUCUGCGUGUAGAAGUGCAAUUUGUCAACGGUUCCUUGGGUUAUCCUGGAUUAUUGAACUGGUUUUAAGUAAGAGAAAUUAUUAGAGCAACAUAAUUUAAAUUUGUGGGAUUUUAGCCUUGUGGAUCUUUUAAAUGACAAUGACAGGAGUCCUCUUCCAGUAUUUCAUGUGCAGUCUCUCAUCGAUUUAUGUCUUUAGUAUGGUUUUACUGGCCAAAUUAUUUUACUGUUUCUGGAAAAUAUUUUUAUUCUGUUUUCUGAAAAUUGUCAUUUGUAAUAUUUAAAUUUAGGUCGCUUAUUUUACAAUUUUAGGACAUUUCCUGUAGUUUAAAUUCUUAGCUGUCAUUUGUCACUUGAUAUUUAAAGCAAAGUCACUAUUAUAAAGUCUAUUUUGAUGACUUAUGACAGUAGCUGCAUUUAAAAUAAAGUCUCAUUUUUGUAUGGAUCUAUACGGCCUCGCUCUCUGUAGCUGCUGGACCAGAAAGUACUGAGAGACUAAUGUGAGUUCAUGGUCCCAUAAUUUGGGUCUUCCGUUGUUGUCAUUCCAUUUUCCUUAUGGCUGGCUCUUUCUCCCUCUCUCCCCUCUUGGAAGAUUUGACAGAAGAUUUAUAUCUUUGUUUUUUUCUCUGGUUCUCCGGUUCCCUUCCCAAGUUUAGUUUAUUUUAUGGUUUACCUUUCUUUGACUUCCUUCUGCAUUCCCAGGUGCUCCUUCAAUGCGUGGAAAAUGCCGCGGAAGAGAAAAGCUGUUCUUACCCAGCAUGCUUUUUCUUAGCCACGUUGGCUGUGUUUAUCAUGCAGCAGCACCCUGCCUUCCCUGGGAAGUGUGCAGUUCAAAUGCCGGCGGUGCCAGCACAGCCGUGCCCUUUCACUUGGGCAGCGGAAAGAUUUUCCAGCUGCACAAAUACUCUGGCAUCUGGUUAUGGACGUUUUGGGCCGUAUAAGGCAAAUAAGGAUAAUGUUGGAGUAAUUACAGACCCACAUCUUCCCACAGAGAGGAAGGAUUCACUUGUGACAGACAGCAUUUGGUCCUUCAGCUCUGCCAGGGCAGCCACCUUGGGAGAGGAAGCGUGAAAGGAAGAAAGUGAGCAGGUAAGAGCGGUCCCUGGCUGCUGUGUGGCUUCUGGCCUCAUUCUGCAGUCAUGGAAGCAGGGAGCCACGGGCAGGAAGGAACCAGGUAAGCAGGGCUUGACUGUAAGCCACAACAGUAGGAUGAAGUGGAAGUUCUUACAGAUAAAGUAUUACACUGGGAUUAAUUAAGUUAAACACCAGCCAAGUCCCUUCCUGCCACCAAAAGUCCUUAAAAACAUCCCCAGCCCCUGCAGCAGCUGCCCUUCAGCUGAGGCCUCUGCUGUGUGCUUCACCGGGUCUGGUGGCCUUGUAGAGGCCUCUGGAAUCUGCAAAUCAGUUCCCAAGCUGCUGUGACAGCACAGUGUGGGGCUGCUGGCCUUUGGGGCUGGAAUAGAUGCACUUCCUCUCAGCUCAGUGCAGCCUCCAGCUGAGCCCUUCGGCGGCAGCGAGGGUGGUGUAAAACCAGGCACUACAGCAUGUGCCCAGUCAAAUCCCUCCCUCCUCCGGGGGCACCUGGGUUGCUGUUGGGCAUGGAAUUAAUUCCAGUCUUCGUUGGGGAAGGCAGGAUGGGUUGUGGCGUCGUUUAGGUAAUUUACACCUGUGGAAGCAGCAGGGGGUGCUGGUGCAGCUCCUCCCAGCUGUGCCAGUCCUUCUGGUAGGCUGUGAAACAUGGUGUGGCUGUCAUGUCAGCCGUGCAGUGGCCUUGCUCUGCAUGGCUUCUGUGGCUGUCACGGCAUCUUUUUAAACAAUAAUAUAAUAUACCUACAUGUGCAGUGUUGUAUGUACAGGCCUGCGGCAACAGCCAGAGUCAGUGAGGCUGGGUUGAGCCUUCCCGUGCUGUGAUGCCUCUGCAUGCCCAACGAGUGCCAGGGCCUGGGGAUGGCAGCAGAGAUUUUGGCCUAAGCUGUGCAUGUUGGCCCGCUGCAGCCACACAGGUCAUCACAUGCAAUUUCAGAACGAGCCAGGGCUAUGCAUCUUUUCUGUGUGUGCCCAGUCCCAAAUCGGUCAAUUGCGUUCAGCGGUACCCUGUGUGCACUGCCCAGGGUUAGGUGGAAAACCACUUAUCUUUGAGUGACCGCUCACAGCUGACCCUUAGGAAUUUGGCUGAAUAGGAAUGGAAGGAAAAGCUUUAUCGCAGAGUUACAAGCUGUCACAGCACUUGGUCUGCCGUUGUUGUACUAAGCAAGUUGUUAGUUUUAGAGAAACAUCACCUGGAACUGAUUUUUAAGCCUCCGUGUCAAAGAUUUCCUUCUCAAUGACAGUUGGUAGCAAUGGUGGCUGACAUCAGCUUUUUGUUUCGGUGGCUCAUUUCUCUUACUUGUCUGAGCGUAACUGCUCUGCGCUAACCCAUGUACAUGUGCCAGGGUGAGGUGGGUAGGCUGGAGCAAAGCACAGCUCCGUGUGAACUGCCCUGACAGCUGCUGCUCCAGCAGCCAAACCCCAGGCUCUGCGUGUGCCACCUCGUGGCUCACUCACCCCCUGAAGGAACGGGAGAGUCUUGGGGGAGGGUGAGGAGACUUUGUGGGUUCAAAUAAAGACAGUUCAAUAGGGAAAACAAAAGCCAGCAAAGCAAAACAAGGCAUUAAUUUGGUACUUCCCAUUGGCAGCCAUCUCCAGGGAAGCAGGGCUCCAUCACACUUAACGGUUACUAGGGAAGACAAAUAUCCUUGCUCCAAAUGUCUCCUCUGUCUUCUCCCAGCUUUGUAUGGUAAGCGUGACAUCAUAUGGCAUGGAACGGCCCUUUGGGCAUUGGUGUCAGCUGUCCCAGCUCUGUCCCUUCCCAACUUCUUGUGCACCCCCAGCCUGCUCGUGGUUUGGGUGGUGUGAAGAGCAGAAAAGGCCAUGGCUCUGUGUAAGCACUGCUCAGCAAUAGCAAACAUCCCUGCUUUCGACAGUUUGCAGUGCGAACCCAAACCACAGCCCCACACUAGCUGCUGGGAAGGAGAAAAAUCAACUUCACCACAGCCAACAGUAGCACAGGCAGGCAGAGUAUUUAUUAGCAUCUUUUGCAGAUUUUCUGGGGAAAACAUGAUUGCUGGGAAAGCACCACAGCGUAAAAGAAUCGUAGAAUGGUUCAGGGUUGGAAGGGACCUCACAGGUCAUCCAGUUCCAACCCCCCAUGGACACCUUCCACUGGCUCACAUUGCUCAAAGCCUCUUCCAACCUGACCUUCAGCACCUCCAGGGAUGGGACAUCCACAACUUCUCUGGGCGACCUGGGCCAGUGCCUCCCCACCCUCACCAUAGGAAUUUCGUCAUGUUUAAUUUAAAGCUUCCCCUCUCCAAUUUAAAGCCAUUCCCCGCUUGUCCUAUCACUCCAUGUCCUUGUAAAAAGUCCCUCCCCAGUUUUCCUGUAGCCCCUUUCAGUACUGAAAGCUGCUACAAGGUCUCCUUGGGGCCUCCUCUUCUCCAGGCUGAACAACUCCAACUCUCUCCGCCUGUCCUCAGAGCACAGGUGCUCCAGCCCUCGGAUCAUUUUUGUGGCCACAAACACUGACAUCCUGCAAGAGCCAGAAACCAGACACCCCAAAUGAAAACUGGACAGAAUUUAUAGAUGUAAAAUAUUUUUAUUUGUAAAUGCUGAUCUUCUAAAUCUGUUUCCACAAAUUCCAAAACCCAUAACACUCUGUAUACUUCAAAAAAUUCUUUUUUUGUGUUGUUUUUUGUCAUUUUUUUUUGCCAACAUUAGAUACUAUUAUACAGAACAGAAAAACCUGUAGGACAAAUACUGGUAGGAUGUUGGAAUAUUGUACAAGAGAAGAAAAAUAUUCAAGAAACAAUUUCAUACAGCUAUUUAUCAAGAGAAAAAUAUAUACAAUUGAUUUAUUCUGUAAGAUAAAAAUACAUCAUGCCAUAUACAUUACAAGUUCAGAACUGUAUUACUGAAUAUACCGACAGUUUACAGUCCACUUUAAUUGUGCACACAAAAAAAAACUUCAUUUUUUUUUUUUUUAUCUUUAGCCUGUGAAGUGUCAGUACCAGAAUUUUAAGUACAAAAUAAAAAGCUAACCUGGUUCAAAAUGCUGAUUAAAUUUCUACAAGCAAACACAAAACAGUGUUUUAUUUUUUUUUUU